AUGUUCACCCUCCACAACAUCCAUGACGGCGAAAUCGUCCACCAAAAGUCCCUUCUCCUCAUCGGCCGCUACAACUCGCACCAAGACAUAAACGGCCAUGUCCAGGUCGAGACGGCCAACGAGGCCGGCCGCCAGACCUUCCCAACCCACAGCUGGCCAAUGUGCAACGGAUGGUUCAAAUGCCUCGCCAUUCUGAGUCCCGGCAAGAACAUCAUCCAGCUGCGUAUCACCGGCGGCAGUGAUAGCGUCAGGGUGUGCGUCGACUACGUGCCCCUUCUGGACAUCCCUCCGCUUCACCUGGUCGUCAUGCUGGCCGCUGACUCGCCCGGCCUGAUGGACUGCCCUCCAUGCAAGCCCUCCCCAGCACACUCCAACCUACACGCCGCCGUGGCCAAGCUUCGUAUGGCCGCAUGCAUGUGGCAGGCCCUGACGGCCGAGGAGAUGCGCGCUGCCGGGCUUGGCCGCCGCACCUUUCGUCUCGAGGAGCACUGGUCGGCUGAUUCUCUCAGCCGGUCCUUCUCACCCGAUCCCAACAGCUUGAUGUCGUGUAUGCGCUCCACCAUCAAGGUUCAUGUCGUCAGGAGCGACAAGACCGCUGCCCAGAUCCGUGAUCGGGAUAUCGCCCAGCAGUAUGACGGGGCGCGGGACAAGAACGCCCUGCACGGCAUCUUCCUCGACGCCAUGAAGAGAUACGGCCCGCCUUUCGAGGACCUUACCCGGCCCAUCGUCGCCGGCUUGAUCUUCGACUCCCAUUACGACAAGGCCAGCAAUCUCAUCACCGGCCACGCCGCUCUCGGCUCACACAACCCAACCGGCAUAUCGCUGGGUAUGUGCGGCAGCCACGUCGCCUACGCCUGGCCUCGCUUUAUUGAAGAGGUCCCAGACUGUCUCCUGGACACGACACCGCCCGGAGACACGGUUGGAAAUGACUGCGGCGCGUGCCUCACCAACUGGGAGGCCUGCACCGUCGGUCUGACUGCCUUUAUCCACGAGGUCGGGCACGCCUUUUCGGCGCCGCACACCUCAGGGAUAAUGGGCGGCGGCUGCUCUCGCGACUUUCCAAAGAACUUCCUCUCGACCGUUGCGUACAGCCGCGUGCUCAACCGGCGAGACGAUGUCCCCAUCACGAUAGACACGGAUCACCUGUGCCGCUGGGCUCUGCAAGACCUCCUCCGCUUCAUCGGUCUUCCCCAUUUCCGGCACCCGUCUGAUCCCGAGAAGAGCAGCGCCUCCGCCGUUGUCACAGUCGAGGGUCAUGGUGACUCCCUGCGGCUGGUCGUCAACUGCAAGGCAGGGAUCGCCGAGGUCAAUCUGAAUGGAACCGUGCUCAACAAGACAUCCAUCUCCCAUCCAGCCAAGCAGGUGCUCGUUCGUAUCAACGAGCUCUCACGGUUCAGCAGGGACAGCGCGCUGCAGCUCCAGGUGCUCUCCAUGAACGGCAAGCAUGCCGAAUACCCCGUCUGGUCGAUGCUGUCCCGCAUGGCGCAGAUACAGAUCCCUGGCACCGACAUCCACCUCCGAAGGAAGAGCGUCGGGCGCCCCAUCGGCGAGGAUGGAGAUUGGCCGUGGGCCGUGCUGCUGAACAAGCGAGAUCAGCGAGGUAACCUCGCCCGGGCAUACAAGAUUGACCUGAGGGUCGGCUGGCGGCUGGACGGCGCCGAGGUGUACUUUGAGGACCGGACAAAGAUCCCCUGUGGGCGCCGCGGGCCAGGUGGGAAUGACCCCGACAUGGGCGGCCACAUGACUCGCAAGCUGCUCAUCUCGAGGAAGGCCGAGAUCACAAAGGUGCUGGUUUCCAGGGUGGAUCAGAACGACCUGCGUGGCCUUCGGAUGUUUCUUUCAAAUGGGAAGGCCAUGGGCGCCUUGAACAAGCAUUUCUCUCACGCAAUAAUCGUCGGGUUCUACGGGACAACCAGCAAGCACUCGAGGUGUAACGAGUUCGGCAUCAUCACAGCACCAAGAAACAUCCAACUCCCCGAUUGGUUGUACGACAUGCCUGAAUUGCAAAACAAUCCCCAAGAUGGCUCUGGUAGCCGUCUCCGGCCAAAUGAUGGUCCUCGAAGAUACGACCUGGACAUCUCCGAAGAUCAGGAUGGUGGCUACGAUUGCCAUUUAGAUGUAGAGGAGUCAGAUUGA